AUGGGGAGCGGCGGGUGCGGGAGCGAUACGGCUGCGUGGCAGGGUGCGACCCGCGCGUCGAGCGGCUCCUGCGUGCCCGAGCCCGCAGCGACGGCGGUGGGGAGUGGCGGGUGCAAGAGCACGACGGCGGCGCGGCAGAUCGCGACCCGCGCGUCGAGCAGCUCCUGCGCGCCCGGGCCCAUGCCUGCGGGCGGAUGCGGGAGUGCGAUGGCGGCGCGGCACAGCGCGACCCGCGCGUCGAGCAGCUCCUGCGCGCCCGGGCCCGCGCCUGCGGGCGGAUUCGGGACCGCGACGGCGGCACGACAGAGCGUGGCCCGCGCGUCGAGCGGCUCCUGCACGCCCGGGCCCGCGGCGGUGGUGGUGGGAAGCAGCGAAGAAAGGGGAGGGAAGGAGCCGGCGCCCGCAGUGGCCGAGCCAGCAGCAGGGGAACGCCAGGCCGUGGGGCUAGCGCCCGUAGCGGCAGGGGCAGCCCCGCCCGAUCCAGAGGUAAGGGCGCGCCAGGGGCCCGCGCCCAGGAGCAGAGGAUGCGCCAGCAUGUGCCCAGGGGCGGCCACGGCGGCUGCAUACGCGCCGGCAGCAGCAACGGCGGCGACGGCCCCGCCUAGGAGCAGGGAAGGCGGCGACGCGUCCUGGAGCAGAGGGGGCGGCAGCGUCCUGCACGGCGCGGCAGGGGCAGCCCCGCCUGAUCUAGAGGCAGGGGCGGCCAGGGGCCAGCGCCCGCAACGCCAUGGGCGGCUCCGCCCGAUCCAGAAGUAG